AUGAUCGACCUCAUCAUUGCUCUCCUGGUCCUCGUUUUGGUCGGUCUUCUUCUUGUCGGCGCCUUGCUCAUCCUCCGCCGUAAACGCCAGAACCGCAAGCGUUCCGAGCUUCCUGUUCACAACGGCGAGUGCACAACCCAUCAACGUCGCCUGACGAUAUCCGCACCCCCCUACACUCAGACUGAAUCCGUGCUGGUUUACGAUGAGAAGCGCAGCCUGAUGGAAAAUUCCUCCAGCCCGCCACCCAGCCCUAUCCCGGAAAUCCGCAUUACUUUCCCCGAGGAGGAGGAUGAAUCGGGCAAACGCAAAUCCGGCCGUGUGGUUGUGGUGCGCAUCAGCGACUCGGGCGGCGUCGGUCUUGAGCCAUGCAAUGAGGAACUCCCCCCCUAUCAGUCCAGCGAUGCGGAGCGCUUCCAGUCGCUGGAUAUCGAGCGGAUGGGCGGCCUCAAGGAGAAGGAAGAUAUCAAAAGAUGGUCUUGA